ACAGCUUCCUCCUGUGUCAUUGUUUCAGAUUUCAUUUUAGUAAUCGUGCUUAUGUUUGAUUCGACAUUUUUGUGUGCAAAGUAAUUUUUUGAGUAAACAGUAGACUGUGUUAAUCUGUGACACGAUGGCAGAAGAGUGGCAAACACCAGCAAAAAAAAUAUUUAAAUUCCACGAAACGAAGCUAUAGCAUAUGGGUAUGGGAGCGAUGGAAAAUCAAGUUCCAAAUCCGGCUGUAAUAUGCAAAAUCAACAAAUUAAUCCGAUGGGUAACAUGGUGUCCAUGCCAAUCAAUCAACAGCAAAUGGGACAGAAUCAGAUGAAUGUCAACAUGAACAAUCAGAUGAAUCCAGGCCAAAUGUCCCAGAUGCUCGGCCGAAUCAAUGUGGGACCAGGUGCGGGUCCGAUGAAUCACCAGAACAUGGGCAAUCAAAUGGGUCCGAUGAAUCCGAAUGGAAUGCCACAAAUGGCACCGAACAAUAUGCAACAGCAAAUGGGACCGAAUGUGAUGAACGCACAGAUCCCAAUAAAUCAACAGGCCAUGGCACCGAAUCAAAUGAGUGGCGGUCCAAUGGGCAUGAAUCCAAUGAUGAAUAUGCAGCAACAGCACAUGGCUCGGAAGCCACAGGAAAUGAUGAUGAACAACAACCAGAAUAUGUAUCAAGUUCGAAACGUUGGACCGAACCAAUUUUUCCGGAAAAGUCCGAGUCCCAGUUCGACAACCUCACCGGCAAACAUUGCUUCAUCUCAUCAAAAUCAAAUGGUUCCGAGUCCAGCGCUGGUGGCAUCACCUCAAAUGCCAAACAUGCAACAACGAAACGUUAUGGGCAUGGCGCCGUCUCCAAGCUCAUCCAUCAAUACACCCGGACAGGCUGUCGCCGUUCCGAGUCCGUUGAAUCCACACGAGGAGCAACAAUAUCGUGAAAAGUACAGACAAUUGACGAAAUACAUCGAACCUUUGAAGCGAAUGGUUGCUCGCAUUGGCAAUGACGGAAAAGAUUCAAAUGAAAAACUGUUGAAAAUGAACAAAUUGUUGGAGAUUCUGUGCAAUCCCAACCGACGUAUUCCACUCGACACUUUACUGAAAUGUGAAAUUGCUUUGGAAAAGAUGGACUUUAAAACGUAUUCCUGUCCUCCGACCGGCGGUCUCAUUGGCAAUUUGAAAGAGCAUCCGAUAAACAAUCCACUUCUGGAGGCUGUCAGUGCUAAUCUACAGAGUCCGAUCGGAAAUCAUACAUUGCAACGCUCAUUUCGACCGUGUCUUGAGGCGCUUUUCGGACCAGACAUCAAGAACCUGCCGUCGCCAGCAAAACAACAGAGGUUAUCCGUUACCAGCGAUACAACGUCAUCGUCAGCGCUCGAAAUUCCCCAUGUUCUACAAGGUGAAUUCGCCCGGCUCGACCAAAAAUUCAAAGUCUCCCUGGAUCCGUCGUCCCAGAACGGCACCAAGCUAAUCAAACUCGUCUGUUGUCUGGACUCGCAGCAUCUGCCUUGCGUUCCGCCCGUUAGCGUUGUGAUACCGGAUGACUAUCCGUACGGUGCGCCCAGUUGCAAAUUCGCAACCGGACAAGAGUACAAUGCAACUCCGUUCUUGAUAUCGGUGCAGAGUGCACUGAUUGCUCGCAUCUCGAAAUUACCAAAAUUAUUUUCGCUAUCACAUUUGCUGGAUACGUGGGAGAUGUCGGUGCGUCAGGCAUGCUCGCCGACGUUGAAUGCACAACAAAUGAAUCCGACAGCUACGUCGGUGUUGCUGGGAAUUUAAAAUGAAUGCCAACAUUUAACGGAAUUUAUUAACUAAAUUUAUUUGGACUUUUUGGUCGUCAUUUCUUGUUGCCUCAAAAUAAAAACGAAUAUUUGUAUACGUAGAACGAA